AAUGACGUAGCAAUGUUGUGAAUUGCUAAUAAGAUUGCACGCGCGCGCACGCACGCACGCACGCACGCACGCCCCGACCGACCGACACAUCUUCUCAGGAAUACACUUAAAAGAACUCAUUCAUGUCCUCACACUUUUGGACUCGUUAAAAACCACCAUGGACCUCCACAAAAUCAUCCACGGUGCGUUGCACGAUUUUAUUCAGACUUACAUUCCCGAUGCAGACCUCAGCACUCUGGAUGACGUCCUCCUGUCCUACAUCACUGGAGUUCUGGAAGAUUUGGGCUCCCAGCAGAGUGUGGAGGAGAACUUUGACGUGGAGGUCUUUGCUGAGAUGUUGGAGGCAUACAUACCGGGGUUUGCAGAAAUUGACAGUGUCAAAGUGUGUGAAAUGAUGUUCAGCCUGGCGUCCACACUCGCCACAGCAAGGACUUCAGCUGAUGGAGAAAACAGUGUGCCAAAGUCAGAGGACAGCUCACUCAAACUCACCUCUCACCUACCAAGUUGUCCACCUGGAAGUGACAUGCAGUGCCUACAAACACAGACAGAGGGCGCCACAGCCAAGCUCCCAGCGUCAGAGUGGGAAUCUCAAGAGCAGCACCUUCUGGAGAUGUUCCCCAAGUGUAGCUUGUCCGAGGCCCGCAGUGCCCUGUCUAUUGCAAAAGGAGACAUGGAGGAAGCUGUUCGCCUUAUCAUCGAGGGAGAUGUCCAACUCAGCCCCUCUCCACUUAACGUAAAUCAAGGAAAGAAUAUCUCCUCAGUGGCAGACCAGAAACUGAAAGAAAGCAUCUUGGAGAAGUACAUGCUGGUUGACCGAGAAGAGGACAACAAAACACAUCGACCCGUCGCCCCCAAAGACGCUCCCAAAAAGCUUGUCCGUUACCACAGCAACCAGGUGGUGACCACCAAGGGCGAACGCUACCAGGUAGUAAAGAAGAACGAGACGGAAGACAUGAAGAAGACGUACGUCAACCUCAAGCCGGCUCGGAAAUACAGAUUUCAUUGACGAGCGCAACUCAUGUUUACGUCUUGUCGUUUUUUUUUGUUUUUUUUUCUUUUCUUUUCUUUUUGGGUUUGGUCUGAAUUGGACUAAAGUAAGCGAGUGAGUUUGUAGAUUAUUUUCACAAAUUAAUUUUGGUUCAUACGUUUAUUAUGAUUAUUAUUGUGAUUUCAGCAUUUAUGUUAUUUUGUAUUCUCAUGAAUUUCCAUGGUUUCAUGGGUGUUAAAAUGAAUUCUAGUGGUGCUUUAUUUAUUUAUUUAUUUUUAUUAUUAUUCUCAACUGCUUGUACAUAUGACAUCAAUGUUUGUUUGUUUGUUUUUUUUGUGUGUUGGGACUAUUUGCUGUGCUGCCAAAUGCUUUUAUUUUUAUUCUUUGAUGGUUUGCACUUUAGAGUCCCUCAAGAGAAAUCAUGUUGUGUACUGUGCAUACUUUUUCUAGAUUUGAGGGUUUAUUUAUUACAACUUUUCUAUGACUGCAUAUCACUCCCAUGAAAGGACAUUCAUAUACUGUAAGCUUGACGACCCUCAAAGUACCAUUUUUAUCACGUAUUUAUGAUAUCAACGCUUCAAAUCGCAGUCUCGGGUGUGCGCUGUGGCGAAGUGGUCCUUUUAUUAUUCAUUUGUAUUUUUGGGGGAAUUAUUUUGGUGUGAUUGGUGGUUUUAUUCCUAAAAUAUGUAUAUAUUUUUCUGUGUUUUUAUUUGAUAUUUGGAGUGCACUGUAGGCCACCGUUAUGGACGAUGUGUUGUUACUGGAUAUUUCCAUGAGUAAUUCAGUCAUGAACAACAAACGGUGACUGACUGAUAUGAUGGUGUUACUGUAAAGCAGGGGUGGGCAACCUGCGGGCAUCUGUGGCCCGCUGGGGCAUUUUAUCUAGCCUGCCCUGCAAUUGGGGAAAAACAAAACCUCAAAAUUGACUUUGUAUCUUUGCGUCAAUUUAGUAUGACCCUCAAAGGACAAAAAUGGUGACUGACAAGACAAAGGUUUGCCACCCCUGCAAAAUAAAAACCAUGAAAUGGCUAUUGACUGAAAUUGUAACCUUUUUGCUUUGACAAAAAACAAAUGCACAAUUUAUAGUAAAUACUAAUUUUGUAGACUA